UGAGACACUGUCACGCACGGACUGUUAGGAUGCUACACAGGAAGUAAAGUCCGGCAAAUUCACCAGAGCAGCCUUUCUGUGCUGAUUUGCUAAUUGUUUUAGUCUCUUAUCAGCUAAUUCCCUUUCUAAUAGCAGUAGUUGUUUUUUUUCAGAAUGCUGAUCAAAGUUAAGACCCUGACUGGAAAGGAGAUUGAGAUUGACAUAGAGCCCACAGACAAGGUUGAGCGAAUCAAAGAGAGGGUGGAAGAGAAGGAAGGGAUCCCUCCGCAGCAACAGAGGCUCAUCUACAGUGGAAAACAGAUGAACGAUGAAAAGACCGCUGCAGAUUACAAGAUCCAGGGGGGCUCCGUGCUUCACCUGGUGUUGGCACUAAGAGGGGGAUGGACACCCCACAGGAGCAGCCAGCCCCUCUCCCCCUCGUCAUGAGUCCCUGUUGUCGUGAGACCAGCUGCGUGCCAACUCUUAGGCGUUUAUAACCAUGUUACUGCAGAGAUAUCUGAAAUUCCACCCAUCAGGCAAACGCAACAGUGAAGAGAGACGGAGAGAAGGGGACAAGUUUAAAAAAAAAAAAGAAAAA